GCUGUAAUUCCCCAAUUUGGUGUGUAGGGUUUCGUUCGAGAGAAGCAUGCUGUCGCAGCCACCGCCACCAUCACCAUCACCACCAGGAUCAAGCUUAUCAAUCGCAUCGGAUUCGCUGCCGGAGAAGACACAAAAGUUCAACGAGGGAGAUGGAGAUGGAGAUGGAGAUAAAGGAAUCUUGUCAAUCGCAUCGGAUUUGCCGCCGGAGAAGAAACAAAAGCUGAACGAGGGAGAUGGAGAUGGAGAUAAAGGUCAAAGCGGAGACUUGUCAGCCGAAUCGGAUUCGGAUUGCGAAAUUCAGGAGGCUGCUCCCGUCAUGAAGUAUUAUUUAGAAGGAGUUUGCCCUUGCUGCGAUCAGAAGGUGACUAUUUGGCAGAGGUACCGCCAACUAAUCAAAGAGAGUGAGGGCUUUGACAUUAAAGAUGAAGAUCUAGUGGAUGCUCGAUGGUGACCAUCUGGCCCAUGACAGGGUACUUAAAUAAUCCUGAGAAUGUUAAAGGAGUUGGAAGAUUAUGCUCAAAAGGCACUUGAUACAUACAAUGCUCGAGAGGGCACUAAAUAUGUGGUCGAGAAAAUUCUAAAGGUGAAUGGAAGUGGCUGUCGUGACUUCCAUUUCUAUAUUACUCUUACUGUCAAGACAUCUGAUGGCGAAAAGCUGUAUUUUCAAGCUAAGGUGGUGCGAAGUUUGGAAGGUUCUUUGGAUUUCCCAGUCGUCAGGCCUAGGGCGAAGGGAGAUAAGGACAUACGGUGAUGUGAAGUCUGUGCAUCAAGGUUUAGCUUCAUGGUAACAGCUUGUGGAAAUGUUGGAUAGGAUUAGCAGCUUUGUGGUGAUAUACUAUUUAAUUGCGACAAAAUUACAUAUAAUGCACUCCAUAAGUUGACCUUGCAUUAUUUUAGCCCACUUACAAGUUUGCAAA